AUGUAUCACACAAUGCUGAAGCUUUUUCUUCAAUACCUUUUCAUAUCACUCUUCCUUUUGAGUUCAGGAUUUUGCAUUGAAUCAGACAAUAUCAUAGCCAGUUCAGUUCUCAAAGACGGUGACACAAUAGUAUCCAGUGGCAAGGUUUAUAGAUUAGGGUUCUUCAGCCCAGAAAAUACUACUAACCGCUAUUUGGGGAUAUGGAAUAAUGUUUCUGCAAUAUCUAUAAUAUGGGUAGCCAAUAGAGAUAAGCCUCUCAACGACUCUACUGGGAUUGUAACCAUAUCCGAGGAUGGUGAUAUUCUACUUCUUAAUGGAAAAAAUGAGAUUUUUUGGUCAUCAAAUGUUACAAAGUCUCCAAUGAAUACAACUGCUCAGCUUUUGGAUAAUGGAAAUCUUGUUUUGAUAGACAAUUCAAAUGGGAGAAACGUAUGGGAAAGUUUUGGGCAUCCUACUGAUGCUUUUAUGCCAAAACUUAAAUUAAAUGACAACCCAAGAACAGGGGAGAGAGUAUUGCUAACUUCAUGGAAAACCCCACAGGAUCCAGAUUAUGGAAGUUUUACAGCUGGUUUACAAGCUUUAAACAUUCCACAGAUAUUCAUAUGGAAUGGGAGUCGUCCACACUGGCGAAGUGGUCCAUGGAACGGUCAGAUUCUUACCGGAGUCACAGACAUGUAUGCGGUGUACCUUGAUGGAUACAGUGUAACCAAGUUCGAUGAUGGUACUGUCUCGUUUAUGCGAGAUUACUACGGUAAAAUCUUAAUGAAGAUAAUUCUGAAACCAAAUGGAAGUUUUGUUCAAACAAUGUGGGAUGUUAACAGAAGGGUUUGGAAUGUUACAUGGAUAGCUCCUAUAGAUGUUUGUGAUGUUUAUGGUAAGUGUGGGCCAUUUGGAAACUGUAAUCUACGAAAUUCACCAAUGUGUAGUUGCUUGAAAGGAUACGAACCCAAGAACAAGGAGGAAUGGGAUAAAGGGAACUGGAGGGGUGGAUGUGUGAGGAAGACAUUGUUGCAGUGUGAUAGAAAUAAUAAUUCAAGUGAUAAAAACAAAGAAGAUGUAUUUUGGAAGAUAACGAACGUGAAAGUUCCGGACUUUAUGGAUGUGUCGACUAGUCUAGAAGCAGAAGAAUGUGAAGGUUUGUGCUUGAGGAAUUGUUCCUGUGUAGCCUAUUCACAUGACCCCGGGAUUGGUUGUAUGUUCUGGAACAGAAGCUUGAUCGAUGUCCGAGUGUUCCCUGUUGGUGGCUCGGUUCUUCAAGUUCGGGUGGCAUAUUCGGAGAUUGAUAAGAAGACAGACAUAAGGGUGAUUAUCAUUGUUCCAGUAACGGUUGGAUUAGUUAUCGUGUUUAUAAGCGUAUUUUUUGCUUGGCGGUGGAUGUCUAAGCGAAAAGGGGCUAAACGAAAAGGCAGAAUAUUAACAUAUGAAGUAGGGAAAGCAUAUAUAUCAGGUUCAAGUGGCGUUGUUCUUAGAGAUAAUAUUGAUGAAGCUAGUCUGGACGAGUUGCCAUUAUUCAGCUUCGAGAUGCUGGAAACUGCAACUUUUCAAUUCGAUGUGACUAAUCUACUUGGGAAGGGCGGGUUUGGUCCUGUUUACAAGCAUUUCUUUGAUCUUAUCCAUUAUUACAGUGUGAUGGAGAUUGGAAGCUCGAAUUUUGAUGUCUCGUUUGAAGAGAACGAAGUGGGUUUGGAAAGGACCGUAAGCGUCGACUAA